CGUGUCACAGUGAGAACCAGUGAAUGGUAAUUAACUGUGUGUGUGUGUGUGUGUGUGUGUGUGUGUGUGUGUGUGUGUGUGUGUGUGUGUGUGUGUGUGUGUGUGGUGGCGGGGGUGUGUGUCUCAGAGAAGGAGGGAGUAUUCCGUGAGUAUGAGGGCAGAGCCAGCAGAGAGGGAGAAGAGCGGAUAGAGGGAGAAGAGCGGAUAGAGGGAGGAACGAGGCAGUCGGCUGAUUCACCACCACUCCAUCCAUCCUUCCUUUCUCUUUCUCCUCCUCUGCUUCAGUGACGGGGUAGUGGAGGUGUGUGUGAAAGGACCUCCUCCCUCCUCCACACACAGACUGCUGCUACUUUCCCUUCCACCUGCCUCCAUCCCUCUCCCUUCUCCCAUUGUCAUUACUACCUCCACCUCUCUCAUUCCUUCUCACUCCAUCCCAUCAUCCAUAUAUCUCUCUAUUGCUCUUUCUUUCUCUCCAGCCCCCGCGCCCUUCUAACCCACACGCUCUGUGUCACCACCGUGGUGAAGAAAAUGAUCGGCGAACAAGCUGGAAGAGGUAGAGGAGAGGACCGAGAGAGGAGAAAGAGAGGAAGAGUGAGCUCUGUCCAUUCAAGACACUGCAGACUUUCCCGUUUCCCUGAUGGAUUAUGGCCAGCCCCACGGACGGAGGGAGGAGUGGGGGAGAAAAGAAAAAGACCAAUAGAGGAAGAGAGAAGAAAGGAAUUGCGCUCCGGACAGCCAGUUCGCCUAAAGGCCCUGUCUGCAGGCUGUGUUUGGGACUCUGGCUAAUUGUGGAGUAUUCUCAGGACUCCAGCGGAGACUCUGAGAACACCAUAUCUCUACUACACAGACCUCUACCCUUCCUGAUUCUUAUAUUGAUUGGUCUUUCAGUUCAUCCCCUCUUCAUAUACCUCUCUCUACUUCUCUUUAUCUCCCUCUCCCCCUUUCUCUCUCCAUCCCUCUCUCUCCCUCUCUCACACUCCUUUGCCUUCCUGUCCCCUCGUCACACCUCACUCCCUCUCUCUUCUCCUACCGCUCCCUCACUCGCCCGGUCUCAUUGUCUUCACAAACAGCAGAGUGUGCUAGUGUGUGUGUGUACGGGGGAACCAAUCCAUUCUGCAGCGGUGCCGCGGAGCACAGGGGAGCCUGAGGUAUUACAUGUGUCUCAAUCAGACCAUGCCCCAGUUCACCUUCGCCUGUUUCUGUGGUCUGCACGGCUUUUGCCGGAGACGGAGGAAGAAGAAAAAUAAGAAAAGGGAGGAAC